AUGAUUGCGUUAAAUAUUUUGUCACUUUUGGGGAACAUUCUAGUUUGUUUGUCGGUUUACAGAAAUAGUAGUCUCCGUACCACAACGAAUCUUUACAUCAUUGCGUUGGCUGUAACUGACUUGAUAGCUGCAACUCUAGUUAUGCCUCCAGCGUCUGGAGUUCUUAUCACAGGAAAGUGGCCUUUUGGGGAAACGGUUUGUCAAAUACACGCUUAUUUCAGUCUGUUUGUUGUUUAUGUUUCACCUGUGACCAUGGGUCUUACUGCACUUAACAGAUACAUAAGAAUAUGCAAAUCAAAUCAACAAUAUAAUCUGUACUUUUCCAAGAAAAAAUCUCGUAUUCUUCUUGGAUCUGCCUGGACAUUUGUAGCUCUCUUCAUUUUAAUUCCUCGCCUUACUGGUCUACAAGAUUUUCAUUUUGUGCCGAACUAUGCAGCUUGCUUAAACAGUCACUUGAGUAAUUUUGGAAAAAUACUUCACUACAUUGUCGUUCUAGUCUUGUUUUUUGUCCUUCCGCUAGCUGUGACAACAUUCAGCUACAGAAACGUUUUGAAAAAGAUUCGGGAACACAAUGCUGAAACUGCGCAAAGUCUUCGAGCAAACAACAACGAGACAGUUACCUCAAACGAGAUUCGACUAAGCAAGUCCCUUUUUGUUGUCGUCUUUGCCUUCAUGUUGUGUUGGGUACCCGCUUGGGUCAUCACCAUCCUGACCAGAUUGUUUUUUGGCAAUAAAAUGCCUCGCAAUGUUCAGUUACUUUGUACAUUUUUCUUAAAUACUUCGAAUGCCAUCAAUCCCUUUAUUUAUGCGGGAAUGAAUCCUAUGUUUAGAACAGAGUUUCGAAAAGUACUCGGAUGUAAAUUUGGAGUGAGAGUCGAGAGUAGUUCAAGUCAACAAUCAUCAAGUAGAAGACCAGCCACUUGAUGGAUAAGCAGUAACCACAACAAAACUGAAAAAACUGGGGAUGAGGAGAUGGAAAGCCUCGAGUGUCAAGCAAUUAAAGAUGAGAAAACUGAGAAAAACUGACAGUGAGCGUAGCCGCUAAUCUAAUCUUUAAAUAUUGAGAUUCAGAAUGAGCUUAUGCUGCACUAGACAGUCAACCCGACAGGUUUGCAAAUAGAAGCCGUUUACCUAUAAACCGUAAUCUGUUUCUGUGAAAUAUUUUCUGCACGCGGAAAUUCAUAUUACUCGCCUCUUAAUUUUCCGAAUUUUGAGGCAAUAGUUAAAUCACUCCAUUUUAGUUGGAUCGGUAGACAAUUAAGUGUCCAUCAAAUGAGACAAAAGUGUAUCCCUAACUCCUUUUUCGAAAGAUACGGUGGUCUUUCUUUCCUACUAAAGUGUAAUUGUAAUUCAAAGAACCUGGACAAAGAUAUAUCGCUCUUUUAUUUGGAUUAAUGCUUGUCAAUGACUACUUUAAGGAAUUGCGUCUGAACAGCAUACUUAUCAAGCUGAUCUAAUUCUCUGGAACAAUGAAAACAUAACAAUUGAAGGUAAAUCGCUAUUUUGGAAAAAAAUGCGUCAAAAAGGGAAUUUAUUAUAUUCAAGACAUUUUAAAUGAAAAUGGAAAAUUUCUCACUUAAUUACGAAGAAUUUAAAUGUAGAUAUAGUUUACAAGUGAACCUUUUGCACUACUUUCAAAUCCUUGCGUCAAUUCCAGUGGGUCUUAAGCCCAAAGCGUCUUCUGAACCAAGGCCUGCGGGAUCGAGCCUUGAAGAUGAUGCUUAGGCGUGAAAAAUGCAAGGGUUAACCCCGAUAAAUAUUCAUUCUUUAUUCACAUAGUGAAAGAAUGGAAUAAUUUCAGGCACACCGUAAUUUUUAGGGAGUUAUUAUAACUCCAAAAAUGGAGUAAAAAUUUUAGGUACAGGAUAACCCCUUUUUUGGGGUUAUUUUAACUCCUAAUUUAACUCUGAAUUUGGGGUCAUUUUUACUCCUGAAAAAGAGUUCUUUUUACUCCCAGUCUUGGAGUUAAAAUUACUCCGAAAUGGGGUUACUUGUACUCCUUACAGGGGUUGUUUUUACUCUUUUUGGAGUUAAUUUAACUCUGAAAGUGGAGUAAAAAUUUUAGGUACAGGAUAACUCCUUUUUUGGGGUUAUUUUAACCCCUCAAUAUCUGGGGUCACUUUUACUCCUGAAAAAGAGUUCUUUAAACUCCUUUUUGGGGUUAAAAUAACUCCACGAAAAAUAACUCCACUGUAAGGAGUUAAAUUAGCCCCACUAGAGGAGUUAUUAUAACUCCCUGAAAAUUACAGUGUCAUUGCAACUAUCUUCGUGCCUCUAGCUACUGGAGUAUAGUAAUAACUAGCAGUUGGCCUUUUAACGUCAUUUUGCAAAUAGACAAUAAUUAUAAACAUUAGAGUCGCUUUAAAUUGUACCUGCUAAAUCCCAGGACGCUGUUAAUGUACAACUACCCUUAAAAAGGUAGUACAACCUCUAUGUUCACGCAGUUUUACUUUACUUUUCUUUUCUAUAACUGGGGUGCCAUAUUUUCACCCCCUUUUUAGUAUUGAACAAAGCUCCAAUUUUAAUUUAGAACAGAACCUUCGCGACAAACACUGCUGUGAUCCUAUCCCUUGCCGUUUAAUUAAAUUUUUUGAACGUAGACGGUAAACAGAUCUUGUGAAGUUAACUUUUCAAUGGCGCCUAAACUUUCUCCCCUCCAUUGUCACUUUUGCAAAUGAGACGACCACGUAGAAGUUAAGAUUCAUUAGCGUAAAACAAAUUUAGAUGUUUAGAAAAAACCAAGCAGUGUUUUAUGAUUAAACAUAAUGAAACCGAACCGAAAUAUAUUCUGUUAAGUUAGUCGAUGAUUGAAAUUAAAACUAUUGUGUUCUACGCAGCCGUCAAAACGUACUCUUAAAAUAAUCCGACUGAGAGACUGCUAAGCUACUCUCGAAAAAGACAAACAAUGAACGUAAGAAAAGAAAAAAAAAGUUGGAAAAGAUGGGGUGAUAGUGCGCUUGUAGAAUAAACGUCGCUAAUAGGUAAUAAGAUGAAGCAGGUGUGUUAACAAAAUUCAUAUGAAGAAAUAAAUUAUUCUUCUCUAUGUUUAUAUUAUUAUGAAAGUUGUCACUCCUAAUGGGAAAAAAACGUGAUAUUAGUCUUUGGGAAAUCGCAUUUAACGGUGGUAUUGAAAGCUUUUCACCAUUUGCAUUGGGAUUACCAACAGAUAAACGUUAUCGCCAUCUCUUUCGGCAGCCGUUUAAAUUGUGGACGUUGAAAACGUUUACAAAGAUCAAGUUCAAGGAUGGUUGGCACUCUCGAAUCUCGCAGUACAGCCAUAAAAGUUGUAGAAGCUGGAGCAAUGAUUGCAUUACUGAAAUAUUGCGUCGCUUUUAGGCAACAUCUUAGUUUGUCUGUCGGUUUACAGACAUAA